AUGGGCCAGGAAAUACCGCACGGCCCACAGAAAUACAACCGAAAUAAUAAAGUAAUGGAAUAUUCCGGAAUUGUUCAUGUUAGCCAUUUUCCGGAGGUCAAAUCUGCAUGCCCGUUUGCAGCCGGUCUACUACUUGAAAUCACACAUCACUGGAAUUAUCCGGAUGGCUCUGUGCUAUACUGGUAA